AGAGCACAGAAGGAUAUUUCUUAAAGAGUCGGGGCAACAUCUGGCCUCCUCGAUAGGCAGAGAAGACCGCAGCUUGCCCUUUGCUGAUAGUCCAUCCUGCUGACUCACAACAAGCAGAAGGUCGCUCAGCACACCUCCGUGCCUUUUCUGGCUUUGAGUUUUGGAGGAAGGACGAAAGGAAGGGAAACUUAAAAGGAAAGGCCCGCUUGCAGCUCUGCGACAUUGGAAGUGAGUGAGACUCAUCUUUUCCAGAGAGCCCAGCAAAGCCACCCUUCUGCCUGGAUUCCCACCUCCUUCAUUGCCAAGGUUUGCGGAGGGGCAACCACAGCAAAAGAAGAACUUGGGCAGCCUUCUAACGGAGAGACGAUGGCGAGCCGACUUUACAAUCCCUUGAAAGAACCAGAGAUCGAGCUGUUUGUAAAGGCCGGCUUGGAUGGAGAAAACAUCGGAAACUGUCCCUUCUGCCAAAGCCUUUUCAUGGUUCUGUGGCUCAAAGGUGCCCGGUUCAAUGUGACAACAGUAGAUAUGACAAGGAAACCAGACGAGUUGAGAGAUCUGGCACCUGGGAUUAAGCCUCCGUUCUUGGUGUUCAACAAGGAGCUGAAAACGGACUUCUUGAAGAUCGAAGACUUUCUCGAACAGACUCUCUCACCACCUAAGUAUCCCCGGCUCACACCGAAAAACAGGGAGUCUCUGGACGUGGGCAGGAACAUCUUUGCCAAAUUUUCUGCAUAUAUCAAGAACCCGCACAAGGAAGCCAACAAGAAUUUGGAGAAAGCGUUGUUGAAAGAGUUCAGACGGCUGGAUGAGUAUUUAAGCACGCCGAUCCCCGAGGAAAUUGACCAGGAUUCCACAGAGGAAGUGUUAGUGUCUCAGAGGAAGUUCCUGGAUGGGAACUGGAUGACCUUAGCAGACUGCAACCUGCUCCCCAAACUCAACAUCAUCAAGAUUGCUGCAAAGAAAUACCGCAACUUUGAGAUCCCGCUAGAGAUGACCGCGGUUUGGCGCUACCUUCACUAUGCGUACGCCCGUGAUGAGUUCAGCCACACCUGCCCAGCGGAUGGAGAGAUUGAACGCACGUAUGCCAGCGUGGCCAAGAAGAUGAGCUAAGGGUUGGAACCAUUGGUGCCUGAAACUGAUAACUCUUAAUCCAUACUGGAGAGCUUUGCCAGGGAGCCUUACCUUGGAUGCUGAACCACAGCGGACUUGAAGGAAUUCUUCAAUGCCUUCACAUCUGUCCCGUCACUCUUCUGCCACAUUUAUCUUCUUCCUAUGAUGAGUUGAUUGUGUGAGUUGGAUUUGUACUCUUUGCACGUACAGUUGUUGAAGUGAGCGAAGUAAUAACCUGGUCCGAGAAGAGUGUGAGGUUACCUGCCUGGUGUUGUGCCUUUCAUUAGCUCUGCUUGGGCCAUAUGCAAAGUGGUCUGCUCAGUGCUCACUCCACCAAAAGAUACCAAAAAUGAGAUAUAUAAACAUGUGAGAACAUCCCUCUUGUCCUUUGCUGAACGUAGCAUUUGUUGGAUAUUUUUAGUGGGUCUGUAGAUAGAUAGUUUGUAGGUUGUGGAUAGAGAAGCUGAUGAAGAAACACAAUCUACAAACUACGAGGAUUGAAUGAAAAGUAAUGCCUCCACCUUUGUUUGGAUGGAAAUAUUUUAAUAAAUCAAACGUAGAAAUAAUCUUUAGAAUGUGCUCUUUAACUACCACUAUUCACUUUCCCACAUAAUCACCAGACAAUUGGAUAUAUUUCUGCCAACGAUGAAUAAGUUUUCUGAAGCCGUCACGGAAGAAGUCGACACUCUGCUUCCGCAACCGGCGUCUCACAGGACCCAUCGUGCACAGAUCUUCCGAUAGCCAAGCUAAGCAAUAAUGUGAUCCACACAUUCUUGUGAAAUGCCGAUUAUGUUUGAGUGAUAUGACGAUUGUCCUGAAUCAACCUGUCAACUUUUUGCUUGUGAAACUCGGUGGUUGCUGUCUAACUCUUUGUUGCUUAAGUCACAUUGACCGACUUUCUGCGCAGGGUUCCAUACUUCACACUUUAACAACACAACCAUUCAAUGCUAAGGCUUCCUGCCAAAUGAAACUGUAGAGGAGAGUCUACUGAACAAGCCAGUACCUGCCGCAGACCAGAACUGCCAUCUGUUGAGGAGUUACGAAGGUGGAGGCAUUACUUUUCAUUCAACCCUUGUAUCUACAGAUCCACCAAGAAAAUCCAAUAUAUGGCAUGCUAUGUUCUGUUCUAGACUUCGUCGAUGUUUCAUGGAUGAAGUCCAGACACUAACUUUUCUAGGCUUGCUUAAAGUUAGUUUUGCACAUAUCUACUUGCAUUGCACUCGUUGUCGAUUAUGACGUUGAGUCUCAGAUGUGCGUGGUUCCCAGUGUAACAUGCUGAAUUUUCAGGCAGAUUUGGAACAGCUAGCAUAAGAUAUACUGUAUAAGAGUAAUAGCGGUGUGUAUAAUUUUGACUGAAAUCUAAAUAUAUAUAUAUAAUGCAAUGCUGGAGACAGUCAGAGGAAUGACUACAUUGAAGAUAUUUUCGAGCACAAGCAACAGGAUGUCUCUAGUACCUUAAAGAUGGAUGUGACAUAAUAUGCUUUCAUUGGUCUCAGCCCAUUUCAUCACAAAACCAUCUGGAAGCAACUGUUGCUUGAGUUAUACCUGAGCGCGCUGUCUGGCCAUGUUCCAGAAGCAUUCUCUCCUGAUGUUUCGCCCACAUCUAUGGCAGGCAUCCUUCCUCAGGGGUUGUGAGGUCUGUUGGAAACCAGGCAAGUGGGGUUUAUAUAUCUGUGGGAGAAAGAUCUCUUGUCUGUCGGAAGCAAGUGUGAAUGUUGCAACUGGCCACCUUGAUUAGCAUUGAAUAGCCUUGCAGCUUCAAAGCCUGGCUGCUUCCUGCCUCGGGAAUCCUUUGUUGGGAGGUGUGUGCUGGCCCUGAUUGCAUCCUUUGUUGCACAAAACAAGGAAAACUCUGUCUUUGGAAAUACGUAUCUUCUAGUUUUCAAUGUCUCAUUCUAACACAAAUAAAUUUUAUUUUAUAUACAUGUCAA